AUGAAGCUCACACUUGUUCUCUUCGCCGUCCUGCUGGCAUUCGUGCCCCACGGUUCCCAGGCUUUGUCCCUUAGCGAAGUUUUGGAGAGCACCAGUCACAAAACCCAAGGAAUGGUAAACGAUGCACUUGCCAAAGCUGAAGAAAUCGUUGCAGACGCCAAAGCAAAGGCCGCGCAAUGGGGUGAGGAGUUGAAGAAGAGAGUUAGAGAGUUCUUACAGAAAAUGGAAAACCGAGUGAAUGAAGUCUUGCAGAGGAUUAACGAACGAGUCAACGAAAUCGUUGGUGAUCUCGACGGUCCAAAUGUCUCUGAAUGCCAAAGACUAGCUGGCACAGUCCGUGACGCUUUCAUAGAAGUGAUUGAGGACGAUAAACAAUGUGUCAUUGGCAAAGUGGUGACCGGUAAGGGGUACAUCGCAAACAUUUCUGCUAUUGCUAACGAAGUUAGGAGGGAACUUAAGGCGCUGCAGGAGGAAGCUCAUCGGUGCACUGAGAAUAUCGAUGGAAUUAAAGCUACUGCUGGGGCUAUCGUUUGUGUGAACAAGGUGGGACUCACUGCUGCGUGGAUCACCGCCACGAGACUUCCAGAAGCUACCGGUCUUGCUAUCAAGCUUGGAUUCCUCGUAAAUACUCUCCCAAUUACCCUACCCCACUGCGCUUCCAAGAACGGAUUCAACGUGCUCACUGAGAAUGUUGAUCAGCUACUCUCUGGUGUCAAACAAUGCGUCAAAGAAUCCGUGGAGGGUGACAAAAAGCAUCCAGAGACCACUGUAGCUUCAACGGUCACUGUUCCAACGACAGUACGAGUACCGGAAAUCACGGAAAGUGUAACGGAAACUACAGAACUCGUAGAUGAGGUCACCGAAACGGUGGAUGUGACUGACUUGCCCAAUGAGUUUUAA